AUGGGGCUUAGAGCCCUUGUAUUGCAGGGUCUAAACAGGAGAGGUGCUUGGAGUGCUGAAGAUGAAAAACUACGCUCUUAUAUCCAAAGAUUUGGUCAUUGGAACUGGCGUGAGCUACCCAAGCAAGCUGGUCUUCAAAGGUGCGGAAAGAGUUGCAGAUUAAGGUGGUUGAAUUACCUCCGACCUGAAGUAAAGCAUGGAAGCUUCACUGAAGAAGAAGAUGCCUUGAUCUUGAAACUACACCAAGAAUACGGAAAUAGAUGGUCGAUGAUUGUUGCAAGUUUACCGGGAAGAACUGACAAUGAAAUAAAAAAUUAUUGGAACCGAUUAAAAGCACGUGAAAAAUGUAAGCCGACAUCAUCUACGGAUCAAUCCCGGAGUGAAUCCUUGUCCACCCACAGUUUUGAUGGUGAAGCCGAAAGCAUCUGUAUUGAUAUCCCACCCAACAUGAUACUUGAGAGCUCGGCCUUGGCUCCCGCAGUAACAUCAUCGACUGUCGAAUUGUCCUCCUUGAACAUGAUGUCGGGGAGGUCGGCCUUGUCUCCUACAACACCGUCGACUGUCGAAUUGUCUUCAACCAGCCCGGUUGUCGACAAUGGAUAUACGUCGAGCUUAAAUGUUGGAGGCAGCGGUGCGGAGGAUGUUUGUCUCCAGUCGUGUUCUUCGGUAAUGUAUGAAGAUCUUAUCGGUGGAGAUUUUUGGAGUGAGCCGUUUGUGGCGGAGAACGAUCUUCCAUUGCAUUGUGAGAUUUAUGAUGAUGAUUGUGUUGAUUUGUUUUUUUAUCAAAUGAUGGACGAGACCAACCUAUUUUUCUACCAUAGUUAAUAGUGUGAGCCAUUUAGCCUUGACUUAAAUAUAUGUUGUUUAUAAUAUUUAAUUGUGUCUUUAUUUAACCUUAUAUAAGUUGCUGUAUCAUAUAAUCACCCUGUACAUGCACUUACAAUUCAAGAAUGAUUAUGUGCUUGCAUUUAUAUACAUUGAGGCUACCUUUUAUUCAUGUAAUAUUUUUUUCAAUUUAUUUUUAUGUUUACUUGACGCAAA